AUGGGAGGGUGCCACGCUAAGCCGCUCACCCACGACGCGGACGGCUCGCCGCCGCACGCGGCGCCGGCGACCCCGCCCCCGGGCAACGCGACCCCCGGGAAGAAGCACUGGGCGGUGUCCCCGUUCUUCCCGUUCUCCACGCCGAGCCCGAGCCCCGCGCACCACCUCUUCGGCGGCUCCGCGGCGUCGCCGCGCAAGUCCCCCGCUCCCGCGGGCUCCGCGCCCACCACCCCGGCCAGGCGGCUCCUGCGGCUGCCCUUCCCGCCGCCGUCGCCCGCCAAGCACAUCCGGGCGGCGCUCGCGAGGCGGCACGGCCCGUCGCGGCCGUCCAUCCCCGAAGAGGGCGGCGGCGAGGGGGAGGGCGGCGGCGGAGGCAGGGGCCUCGACAAGGGGUUUGGGUUCAACAAGGGGUUCGCAGCCAAGUAUGACAUGGGGGACGAGGUCGGACGGGGGCACUUCGGCUACACCUGCGCUGCCACGGUUAAGAAGGGCGCGCGCAAAGGGGAGUCCGUCGCCAUCAAGGUCAUCCCCAAAUCAAAGAUGACUACAUCCAUUGCUAUAGAGGAUGUCCGAAGGGAGGUUAAAAUAUUGAAAGCUUUGGCAGGAAACAAAAACUUGGUCCAAUUCUAUGAUGCCUAUGAGGACAAUGACAACGUAUAUAUUAUAAUGGAGUUGUGCGAAGGUGGAGAGCUACUCGACAGAAUACUUUCCAGAGGUGGGAAGUACUCUGAGGAUGAUGCAAAAGCUGUCCUGGUGCAAAUAUUAAAUGUUGUCGCUUUUUGCCACAUUCAAGGAGUGGUUCAUCGAGAUCUCAAACCAGAGAAUUUUCUUUUUACAUCAAAAGACGAGAAUUCCCAUCUUAAGGCCAUUGAUUUUGGCUUAUCAGACUUUGUAAAGCCAGAUGAGAGGCUCAAUGACAUUGUUGGAAGUGCUUAUUAUGUUGCUCCAGAAGUUCUGCAUAGAUGCUAUAGCACAGAAGCUGAUGUCUGGAGUAUAGGUGUAAUUGCAUAUAUCCUUCUUUGCGGCAGUCGUCCAUUUUGGGCACGCACUGAAUCUGGCAUAUUCCGUUCGGUGCUCAAAGCUGAUCCUAGUUACAAUGAGGCACCAUGGCCUUCUCUGACUCCGGAAGCAAUGGAUUUUGUCAAGCGAUUGCUGUGCAAGGAUCCACGUCGAAGGAUGACUGCAGCUCAGGCUUUAAGUCAUCCGUGGAUCAGAAAUUAUAAUGGCAUUAAGCUGCCAUUGGACAUCCUUAUAUUCCGACUUAUCAAAGCUUAUAUUCGUUCCUCAUCUUUACGGAAAGCCGCUCUGAGGGCUCUAUCAAAGACCUUAACAGUUGACGAACUUUUCUAUCUGAAAGCACAGUUUUCUUUAUUGGAACCAGACAGAAAUGGAUGCAUCACUCUUGACAAUAUCAGAAUGGCCUUAACGAGAGAAGCUACUGAUGCAAUGAAGGAAUCCCGAGUUCAAGAGAUUCUUGUUUCGUUGAGUGCCCUUCAGUACAGAAGAAUGGACUUCCAAGAGUUCUGUGCAGCAGCAGUUAGUGUGCAUCAGCUUGAAGCAUUGGAUAGAUGGGAGCAACAUGCGCGUUCUGCUUAUGAACAUUUUGAGAAGGAAGGCAACCGAGCUAUUGUAAUAGAUGAAUUAGCUUCUGAAUUGGGCCUCAGCCCUUCAGUGCCACUGCAUGUCGUUCUACAAGAUUGGAUCAGGCAUACGGAUGGGAAAUUGAGCUUUCUUGGAUUUGUCAAGUUGUUGCAUGGCAUGUCCAGCAGCAAGUUAGCUGCAGUCACCACUCACCAGGUUGGCGUUUGGAGCAUGGACAUAUCACUUACUGUCAUUGUCACUAUGUCAUUGUACCGACAGAUGAAUGUGCGUGAUCGUUAUGUGAGAGGCAAAACGUUUUCACCACGCCGCAAUCUGCCCCAUUCCAUUCCAAAGCGAACAGGGAAGGCGGGGGCAGGAGGCAAUCGGAGGGGGGCGAGGAGGAGGCAAAAGCUUCUCCACUUGAGCUGCGGGAUGCCGGUAACGCGUAGGCGCGCCGCCGCCGCGGCGGUGGUGCAGGUGGAGGAGGAGGAGGAGGAGGGGCGCGUUGCGCCGAUCGACAUAUCCUCUGAUUCGGAAGCGGGGUCAGAGUCAAGGUCGGAGGAUGAGGAGGAUUCAGAAUCGGAGGAAGAGGAGGAUACGAGCGACGAGGACUUUGUCGACAUCAGCGACAGCGACAGCGAGGCCGGUGAUGGGGAAGGCAGCGGCGAGGAAUGCGAGGAGGAAUCGGAGGCGGAGGCGGAUGCUGAGGCUGAGGUUGAGCAAUUGGGCGCGGAUCGGAGCGAGGUCGCCUGCAACAAAAUCACUAGUCUCCUCAGCAGUAAUAUCCUCGAUCCCCUCUAUCUCGUUUUAAUGGGUUGCUGUUAA